GAUAUGGGUGGGCGAUUUCAAGUUUGGAGUUAAAACUUAUUAAUUGAAGGCAUGACCCACCUGGGAAUGGUGAUUUGGAUUUGAGAAAUAUUUUUUGUUGCCUCAAAUCUGCUGUUUCUGCGUCUAAAUUCAAGAAUCUGACAGUGAUAGCAAAGGAGAAAGCAAGAACAUGAAGUCCACUCCUUUCUAGUCCUACUAAAUAAGCCACACUAGAAAAUCGACAAAACGUAAGAUUUGAUUUUUUCGAGUUUUCCGACGUUUUAUUCGAUGAAAAUGAGGUUUCAAUUCGUCUUCUGCUUCGCCGCCGCCAUAAUUUCCAUUUCCAUCUUUUUCUCGACUGCUGACCUCGCCGGCGACCGCGCCGCGCUAUUGGCGCUCCGAUCCGCCGUGGGCGGCCGCGCUCUGCUCUGGAACUUGUCGGAGCCGAAUGCGUGUUCUUGGCCGGGGGUUCAGUGCUCCUCCGACAGGAAAUUCGUGGCGGAGCUUCACCUCCCCGGAAUGGGUCUCUCCGGGAAAAUCCCGCCGGGGAGUAUCGGAAAUCUCACCGGCCUUCAGACGCUUAGUCUCCGGUACAAUGCUCUCUCCGGUCCGCUCCCGCCGGACCUUUUUUCGUCGCUACGCGACCUCCGGAACGUUUAUCUUCAGCACAAUUUCUUCUCCGGUCCAAUUCCCGGCGCCGUUUUCUCGUUACCGAACCUCAUUCGCCUAAAUCUCGCUCAUAAUAACUUCUCCGGUUCCCUGCCGGCGUCAAUUAACAACUUAACCCGUUUGGCCACUCUCUACUUGCAGGAGAAUCAGUUUUCCGGGUCGAUUCCGGAGCUCCAUUUACCCGGUUUGAUCCAGUUCAAUGCUUCCGAUAACCAAUUUUCCGGCCCGAUUCCGGCGGAGUUAUCGGGUCGGGACAAGAGUGAAUUUCAGGGCAAUUCACUCUGCGGGCCGCCGCUGGAUCUUUGCGGCGGCGGCGGGCAGUCUAAGAGUAAGAAAAAACUCUCCGGCGGCGCUAUCGCCGGAAUUGUAAUUGGCUGCGUCGUCGGAUUUCUAUUGAUUCUUCUCCUUCUAUUCUUUCUGUGUCGAAAGAGGGCCGAAAAUGAGCCCAGAUCGGCGGCGGCCGCAAAUAAGCAGUCGGAGAUCGAGAUUCCACAGGAAAAGCCCGCCGGAACCCUGGGCGGCGGACUGGCGGCGUUGGGGGCGAGAGAGAAGGAGAAAGGAAAGGCGGACGCCAUUGCCGGCGGCAACGGGAAGCACUUGGUGUUUUUUACCAAAACACCCCGGAGCUUUGACUUGGAUGAUCUGUUGAAGGCCUCAGCUGAAGUGCUGGGGAAGGGCACUUUCGGAACUGCAUACAAAGCUGUUCUUGAAAUGGGGUUAACAAUGGUGGUGAAGAGGCUGAGGGAUGUGAGUGUGCCUGAAAAUGAGUUCAAAGAGAAGAUUGAAGAAGUGGGGAAGAUGAACAAUGAAAAUCUUGUCCCUCUCAGAGCCUAUUACUAUAGCCGAGACGAAAAGCUUCUCGUUUACGAUUACAUCGCAAUGGGAAGCUUAUCUGCACUCUUACACGGUAAUAAAGGCGCAGGUAGGACACCGCUAAACUGGGAAACACGAGCCUCGAUUGCCCUAAAUGCAGCCCGGGGGAUCUCGUACCUCCAUUCGCAAGGCCCAUCCACUUCACAUGGCAACAUUAAGUCAUCGAAUAUUCUCCUGACUAAAUCCUACGAGGGUCGUGUUUCUGACUUUGGCCUCGCUCAGCUCAUCGGCCCCUCGUCCACACCUAACCGUGUGGAUGGCUAUAGGGCGCCCGAGGUAACAGAGCCUCGUAAAGUAUCCCAGAAAGCCGAUGUUUACAGUUUUGGCGUGUUACUCCUCGAGCUGCUUACGGGGAAGGCUCCUACUCACUCGCUGACGAACGAGGAAGGUAUUGAUCUGCCCCGAUGGGUGCAGUCCAUCGUCCGGGAGGAGUGGAGUGCGGAGGUGUUUGAUCUCGAGCUCCUCAGGUACCAAAACGUCGAGGAGGACAUGGUUCAGCUCCUGCAGCUCGCAGUUGAUUGCACCGCUCAGUACCCCGACCAGCGCCCUUCGAUGGCCGAGGUUACUAGCCAAAUCGAAGACCUUUGUCGUUCGAGCUUCCAGGACUCUCAUGGCGAUAUAAUCGACGACAUAGAACAACCAAAUGCAUAAUCUGUCACCCUCAGUUGGAAGAAACAAAACAUCCCUUUCCUCACAUUUCCUUUUUUUUUUUUUUCUUUUUUUUUCAAUUCUUGAUUUGGUGUUUUAGGUGUUUUCUUAUAGGAGGGUGGGGAAUGGGGAUUCAGAUAUUAUUCUUUUUUCUUUUCUUAAAUUGUGUGAACUGUACAAUAACUGUCAAUUGUUUCUUUCUUGAAUCUCUAGGUUUUUUGCUUCUUAAUACAAGAUUGUUUCUGACA